AACAAGUCUGAAAUUGAAUUAAUGAAAUAUUAAGACUAAGUUAAUAAUGCCUUAUUCACUCCCAUCAGGAAUACUGGUUUACCGUUUUGGUGAAAGGGGAAGUGGUUUCAGAUCAAAAACUGGGAAAGUACUGGAUUAUUAUGAAAUUAAAAAAGAAGCUUGUGGCCCAUCAGGCAACAAAUUAUUUACCGACAUCAAUUUUCCCUGCGAGGAUUCCUCCAUCUUCCCAAAGUCGCCCGUCCAUCCUCCCGUUGAGUGGAAACGACCGUCGGAAAUCGUCUCAAAUCCGGCCUUCUUUUCCGACGGUGUUUCGCGAUUCGAUGUCUGCCAAGGUGAGCUCGGAAACUGUUGGUUUCUCGCAGCCGUGGCGAAUCUCACCCUCAACAAGGAAUUAUUCCACCUCGUCGUCCCUGAGGACAACGGCAGCUUCUCAGACAAAGAAUACAAUGGCGCGUUCCACUUCCGCUUCUGGAAAUUUGGCCGCUGGGUCGAUGUGGUGAUUGAUGACCGUCUUCCCACCAGAAACGGUCGCCUUGUUUUCAUGCAAUCCCAAGAUAAGACGGAAUUCUGGAGUGCUCUCAUAGAGAAAGCUUAUGCAAAACAGCACGGGUCAUAUGAAGCAUUAGUGGGAGGAAAUAUGACGGAGGCGAUGGAGGACUUUACCGGAGGAGUGACUGAGAUAUGCAAAGUCGCCGAGGACAAUGAAAAAUACCUGUUUCAACUGAUGACAAAAGCAUUCAUGAGGUCGUCAUUUAUGGGUUGCUCGCUCGAUUCGGAGCCUGGCGUGAUAGAGGGGAAGGGACCGCUGGGGCUUAUCAGAGGACAUGCAUACUCCAUCACGGACGUGAAAAUUGUAGAGAUUCCGACAACCGCGACUGCUGCAGUUCGGACGAGACGGUAUGGGGAUGGGUUAUCAAGUAACCGAUACGUCCCAGCGACAACAAAGAAGAAUAAAACUGUGGAGCUCAUCCGAGUACGAAAUCCUUGGGGAAAGUCCGAGUGGGAAGGUGCUUGGAGUGACUCGUCGAAAGAGUGGGAUCUGCUGAAAAACACACCUCACCAAAUCGAUUUGUCUUUCAAGUCGGACGGAGAAUUUUGGAUAAGUUAUGCAGAUUUCAAGACUCAUUUCACAAAUCUGGAUAUUUGUCACCUCGAUGCGGAUGUUUUGGAUGAAUUGGAUAAUUUGAAGGGAAAGCAGGAACAGGAGAAUGUCGCCAUGGGCAAGAAGAGGAAGUGGGUUUCCAAUUCCUUCCAAGGAUCAUGGGUGAAAGGCGUGUCUGCCGGUGGCUGUCGCAACUUCCGUGAUACGUUUCCCCUUAACCCGCAAUAUCUAAUUGAAUUGACCGACCCAGACGAAGAUGACGAUGACCCCGAUUGCACCGUAAUUGUCGCUUUGAUGCAAAAAUUUCGCCGAAAAAUGGGACAAUCCUUUCUACCAAUCGGCUUCACUAUUUACCCUGUAAAAAAAGAUUACCCAAAGCAGACCACUCCCUUAGAUGAGACCUUCUUCCGACGCAAUUUUCCCAUUCAAAAUCCCCUCAAAUUCACAAAUUGUCGCGAAGUUAGUGCGAGGUUUAAACUUUCGCCCGGCACCUAUUGCAUCGUCCCAUCGACCUUUAACCCCAACGAGGAAUGCGAAUUUAUUCUCCGGGUCUUCACCGAGGCAAAGGUUGACAUGAAGGAAAACGACGAAGCUGUCGAUGUUUUUCUUCCCGAUGACGCAAAGCUGAAAAAUGGGGACGAUGAUAACAAAAGAAAACAACUAGCAACACCCGCAGGUGGAACUACCGACAAUGACGACGGAAAAGGUAGCAAGAAAGCUCUCGCAUUUUUCAAACUAGUCGCAGGACCAGAUCUAGAAGUGAAUUGGGAGGAACUAAAGUCGCUGCUGGACUCGACAUUCACGACGAAAUUUGAAUUUCAUGGAUUCUCCAAGGACGUCUGUCGCUCCAUGAUUUCCAUGAUGGAUGCUGACCGUUCUGGCAAGUUGGGGUUUGAUGAGUUUCAGGAUUUAUGGAAUAGUAUUGACACAUGGAAAAUGGUUUUCAUUCGGUUUGACAAGGACAAGAGUGGCACCUUGGACUCAUCUGAGCUGCGUGAAGCAUUGACCUCGUCUGGGUUCAAAGUUAAUCAUAAAACUCUGCAAACGAUUCUGCUGAGAUAUGCGGAUAAGGAUGGAGUUUUAAAAUUUGAUGAUUUUAUCAUGUGCGGACUAAGGUUGAAAUAUUUGAUCGAGAUUUUCAAAGAAGGUGUGCCCGAUGGAGGAAAGGCGUGCACAUUUACGAUGGAUGAGUGGAUUGAGAAAACCUUGUACUCAUAAAAACAUGAUUUGAUUCAGUUUUUAUUUCUUGACUAACUUGUAGCUACAUAUUUUUAAUUAGUAAAACCCAUAACUUAAAUUUUGAGACUAAUACCAAAUAUUAUCAGAAUUUUUUAAUCUAUGCAUGCAUGCAAAUAGUUUCAUUAUUUAAACGUAUUAAGAAAUUAAAGCACUUACAUUUUUCUUUCAAUUAAAAGAUGUUAUAAUUACGACACUUGUUAACAUUUCCCAUAAUUUAAUUAAUUGAAAAGAUUAAAAAAUAAUAUAGAUUAAUCAUGUUAUUCAAGAAUUAAACUUGUGAUAAUAAAGUAAUAUAAAACUACAUUUAAAAAACAGCAUUCUUCGGUGAGGGUGCGACUAAAAACUUUUAAACAAGAGCAUUGAACAAAUUUUAAAAUUUAAUAUUGACCAACUUUUGCCUCACCGUGGGUCCAAAAUGAUUCUGCAUUUAAAUAAAUGCCCACGGUGAGGCAAAAGUUGGUAAUAUUAAAUUUUAAAAUUUGUUCAAUGCUCUUGUUUAAAAGUUUUUAGUCGCACCCUCACCGAAGAAUGCUGUUUUUUAAAUGUAGUUUUAUUUUCUGGUUUUUGGGUUGGAAUUGUUUUGUUGGUUACCAAUAGCAAUAAGAUAGGUAAGGUGCAAUUAUCAUAAUAUGCGAUUAAGCAGCUUAAACGGCUGCAGAUACCUCCAUCAAAAGUUUCUCAUUUUUCAACCGAUUUUGCUCGAACGUAUCUUAAAUGGUGUGUAAUCAGUGCCCGCACAAUAAAAUCAAUAUCCGACAUGAUCAUUGCAUGGUAAAAUUGAAUUUCCGGUUCAUUUUAAAGUUUCAAAGGUCCUAAAAUUCUUGUAAUACUAGAGUUUUGCAAAAAGAAAAUUGAAAAGACACUAGAUUUCGUGAUUGUCUGAUUUUUUUGUUUCAACAAUUUUUCACUAAAUUCAACCGUUCGAGCUGUGGCCGUGGCGGAAGUUUUAGGACCCUGUCUUGAAAGCAUACCUUGGCUUCGCCGUAACCAUGCGCUUUUCUGUCGUGAGGGUAGCCCUUGGUUACUUUCCUCACCUCAGAAAAAGCUGUAUUCAUUAUCGUACAACACAAUCAUACCAUCAGUAACAUAAGGUUAUUUAGGAUAAAAAUAAAACUCACUUAAGUAAUUACAAU